AUGGAGACAAGAGCGUCUUUCAUCGCUGCCAUGCAAGACACCCAGCAUCUCUCCCCAGAGAAGGGUCAGAGCCCGGCCAACGGCAGCAUGGAGCAGUUUGAUUCAGAUGAGGGAUCCAGCAUUGAGGACGCAGACUUCAACUGGGACGAGUUUCUGGAGGAAACAGGAGCUAGUGCUGCUCCCCACACCUCCUUCAAACACGUUGAAAUCAGCCUUCAAAGCAGUUUCCAACCAGGAAUGAAAUUAGAAGUGGCCAACAAGAGCAAUCCGGACACAUACUGGGUGGCUACGAUCAUUACAACAUGUGGACAGCUCUUACUGCUUCGUUACUGUGGCUAUGGAGACGACCGCAGGGCGGAUUUCUGGUGUGACGUGAUGACGGCAGAUCUUCACCCCGUUGGCUGGUGUACGCAGAAUAACAAGGUCCUGAUGCCUCCAGAUGCAAUCAAAGAGAAAUACAUGGACUGGACGGAGUUUCUCAUACACGAUUUGACCGGCGCCCGGACUGCACCUGCAAAUUUACUGGAAGGCCCUCUGCGAGGAAAAAACCCUGUAGACCUCAUUACAGUUGAUUCCUUAAUAGAGCUGCAGGAUUCCCAGAAUCCCUUUCAGUACUGGAUAGUUAGUGUGGUUGAAAAUGUUGGAGGAAGAUUACGCCUUCGCUAUGUGGGAUUGGAGGAGACUGAAUCCUAUGACCAGUGGUUGUUUUACUUGGAUUGCAGACUUCGACCAGUCGGUUGGUGUCAAGAGAAUAAAUACAGAAUGGACCCACCUGCAGAUAUCUAUUCUCUGAAGACUAUAUCUGAGUGGAAAUGCGCUCUGGAAAAAUCCCUUAAUGAUGCAGCAAAUUUUCCUCUUCCAAUGGAAGUGUUCAAGGACCAUGCUGAUUUGCGAAACCACUUCUUUAGUGUGGGGAUGAAGCUGGAGGCAGUGAAUGUGAGGGAGCCGUUUCAUCUCUGUCCUGCAUCAGUGAGCAAGGUUUUUAACAAUCAUUAUUUACAAGUGACCAUUGAUGACUUGAGACCUGAACCCAGCAAAAUCUCAAUGCUUUGCCAUGCGGAUUCCUUAGGGAUCUUGCCAGUACAGUGGUGCCUUAAAAACGGAGUCAAUCUCACACCUCCCAAGGGUUACUCUGGCCAGGACUUCGACUGGGCAGACUACCAGAAGCAGUGUGGAGCGGAGGCAGCGCCUCACCUGUGCUUCAGAAACACAUCCUUCAGCCGUGGCUUUACUAAGAACAUGAAGCUGGAGGCAGUGAACCCCAGGAACCCUGCAGAGAUAUGUGUCGCUUCUAUCACCUCAGUUAAAGGACGAUUAAUGUGGCUUCACCUUGAAGGUUUACAGAUGCCCUCUCCAGAGUACAUAGUUGAUGUAGAAUCUAUGGACAUUUUCCCCGUUGGCUGGUGUGAAGCGAAUGCUUAUAACCUAACUCCACCACACAAAGCUGUUUUGCGAAGGAAGAGAAGAAUUGCAGUUGUGCAACCAGAAAAACAGUUACCAUCCACAGUGCCUGUUGAGAAAAUACCUCAUGACCUCUGCCCGGUUCCUCAAACAGACACAACAGGCACCAUCAAUGGGAGAUACUGCUGCCCGCAGCUCUACAUCAACCACCGCUGCUUCUCAGGUCCAUAUUUAAACAAAGGCAGAAUAGCAGAGCUACCUCAGUCUGUCGGGCCUGGCAAGUGCGUGCUAGUCCUCAAAGAGGUUCUAAGCAUGGUGAUCAAUGCAGCUUACAAGCCAGGGAGUGUUUUACGAGAACUGCAGCUAGUGGAAGACCCUCAGUGGAAUUUCCAAGAGGAAACACUUAAAGCAAAAUACAGAGGGAAGACAUACAGGGCGACUGUUAAGAUUGUGCGGACGUCGGAUCAGGUAGCGGACUUCUGCAGAAGAGUCUGUGCGAAGCUGGAGUGCUGCCCCAACUUGUUCAGUCCUGUGCUGGUGGCUGAAGUCUGCCCAGAGAACUGCUCCAUUCAUACUAAAACCAAGUACACUUAUUAUUAUGGUAAGAGGAAAAAAAUCAUUAAGCCACCAAUUGGGGAAAAUAACAACGUGAAAAGUGGGCAUGUCAAGCCAGCCAGACGCAGAAAAAGGCGGAAAUCCAUCUUUGUGCAGAAGAAAAGGAGGUCGUCAGCUGUCGAUUUGAAUGCUGCAGGCUCUGCAGAGGAGAGCGAAGAUGAUGAGCCGGACGUGAUGGAGGAUGAGACGGGAAGCGAAGAAACCAGCUCAGAGCUCCGGGAUGACCAGACAGAUACCUCCUCUGCCGAGGUCCCCUCUACCAGGCCCCGGCGAGCAGUCACCUUGCGGAGCAGCACCGAGUCAGACCGACCUCCUCCCACGGAGAGAGCCCGACGGAACCGGAGGUCCCAGCCCCACUCCUACCGUGAGGCGGAGAAGCGCAUGCAAGUCAAGGAAGUGAGUAUGCCUGAAAUUAAGCAAGAAGAGGAAGAGAAGCUCAUCCUGGACAGUAAUCCAUUGGAGUGGACUGUGACUGAUGUCGUGAGGUUUAUUAAACUGACUGACUGUGCACCCCUCGCCAAAAUAUUUCAGGAGCAGGACAUCGAUGGCCAAGCCCUUCUGUUGCUGACACUGCCCACGGUGCAGGAAUGUAUGGAGCUGAAGCUAGGUCCAGCCAUCAAACUGUGUCACCAGAUCGAGCGAGUAAAAGUUGCUUUCUAUGCACAAUACGCCAACUGA